AUGCCAGGCAACUAUAUAUUUACAUCGGAGUCGGUGUCCGAAGGGCAUCCCGAUAAAAUGGCAGAUCAAAUUUCCGAUGCCAUUCUUGAUGCACUGCUCACCCAAGAUAUCAAUAGCCGAGUGGCUUGUGAAACGUUAGUGAAAUCCACCAGUACUUCCAGCGAAGAAUCCGCAAUUCAACACCAUGCGUUGAUCGCCGGGGAAGUAACAACAGCUGCCAAUAAUACUGACUACGACGCCAUUGUCCGCAAUGUCAUUAAGAAAAUUGGCUACGAUUCGGAUGAAAGGGGAUUCGACUACAAAACUGUCCGAAUUCAUAAUUUGUUGAACAAGCAAUCACCGGAUAUCGCCCAAGGCGUCAAUGAGGGCGAAGGAGAUGACGCAGAACAAGGUGCAGGCGAUCAAGGACUGAUGUUCGGAUUUGCCUGCAACGAAACCGAUGUGCUGAUGCCUUGGCCGAUCACCUAUGCACACAGACUGGUACGACAACAGGCAACAGUUCGGAAAAACGGCGUCCUCAACUGGCUAGGUCCAGAUGCAAAAUCCCAAGUGAGCGUAGUCUACGAAAAUGACCGUCCGGUUUCUAUCAACACGGUCGUACUUUCAACGCAGCAUGACGGAGAUAUCUCAUCAGAGCAGGUCCGAGAAGGCGUAUUUGAAGAAAUCAUCAAGCCCGUUAUUCCUGAAAGCAUGUUACCUCCACGAGAUCGUAUUCUGAUCAAUCCCACUGGAAAAUUUAUCUAUGGCGGCCCGAAAGCAGACUGCGGUCUUACCGGUCGUAAGAUUAUUGUCGACACUUAUGGCGGUAUGGCGCGGCAUGGUGGCGGAGCAUUUUCAGGUAAAGAUCCUUCGAAAGUUGAUCGCUCUGCAACGUAUGCGACGCGAUACGUAGCAAAAAACAUCGUGGCAGCAGGACUCGCGGAACGGUGUGAAGUACAGAUUGCCUAUGCAAUUGGAGUAGCCAAACCGGUGUCCUUGAUGGUUAAUACUUUUGGUACCGGAAAACCUGGAAUCGAUGACGACAGGCUGUCAACCAUCGUUGAGAGUGUGUUUGAUCUUCGACCAAAACAGAUUAUCAGCAAUCUUGAUCUGUUGCGACCGAUUUAUCAGCAAACCGCGGCUUAUGGUCACUUUGGACGCACAGAAAAAGAGUUUUCCUGGGAGAACACCGACAAGGCAGACGCCUUGAAACAAGCAGCAAGUUAG